AUGAUGAUGCAUAAGUUGAAGAACAUCAUUUCCCUCACAAUAAGUUCUCUUGUUCUAUUAGCAUCAACUUCACUUGCAACAUUUUAUUUUCCUUCUGGAUCCACAAUAGACUGUUUAAGAACAUACCAACCUACAAAUCAAGAAGGUCAUGCUUGGAAUUUUGCUCUAGGUUUUUAUAGAUCAUUAGGAGAUUAUGAGAUCACUUCUCGUUCUAAUCCAUUUAGACCAUUGAAAAGGAAAUUUCAAGUCUUUCAAAUUAUCGUAGGAGAAAGACCAAAAAGAUUAUCACAAUAUGAUGCUCUUAUACGUUUCCGAGAUGAAAUGGAAGGGUUAGAUGAAAAGCUUUUAAAUGCUCGAUUUUUUCAAUCUUCACCAGAUGGAUUCCUUGAAUUAAAGAUAAAAGGUGAAGCAACAAAUGAACAUUUGCAAGGUCAACCAAAGAUGCGUUAUGUAAAUCAUGAGGCACAUUUCAAAUUCAGUCUGGAUCCGAGCAAUGGGUUUGUAAAGCUUGACGAAGUCACAAUGGUUCUUGGAGUAGAACGUCAAUCCCGUGUGACAGAGGAUUUGUUUCAGAUGCUUGAACAGGGAAUCAUAUUCACUGGUUGA